AUGGCGUCGCAAACGGGCGCGAUCAAGCGACUCGCGAGCAAGGCGUUUCGAGGCGUGAACGUGGACGGAUUCGCGUUCCAAUCGCCCGACGUGCGAUGCUACGUGCUGACGCACUUUCACGCGGAUCAUUACUGCGGCCUGAGCGGCUCGUUCGGUAAGGACGGCGAUGAGGCGAAGAUAUACUGCUCUGAAAUAACCGCGCGAUUGGUGGUGGAAUUCCUGGGCGUGAAGCGCGAGCGCGUGGUCGGGUGCGAGCUGGGACGGGGGACGACGCUGCGAGGCGCCGGGACGCGCGGGGACGACGUGGAGGCGACGUUCGUGGACGCGAAUCAUUGCCCGGGCGCGUGUUUGGUGUUUUUUAGAAAUAAAAUAACGGGGGAGACGCUGUUGCAUACCGGAGAUUUUCGAGCGGCGGCGCGCGUGCGGAACGAUGGGACGCUGAGAGAGUUGUUGACGACGUGUCGGGACGGAUCGGUGGAUGAGGUGAUGCUGGAUACGACGUAUUGCGAAAAGAAGUGGACGUUUCCCGAUCAAGACGUGGUGCUGAAUAAGAUGAGACAGAUCGCGCGGGAUGAACUCGCGCGAGAACCGCGGACGCUGUUCUUGUGUGGGUCGUAUUCGAUCGGGAAGGAGCGGGCGAUUCAAGCCGUGUGUCAGGGGGCGCAGAGUCGAGCGAGCGUCACGGCGAGACGAAAGAAAUCGCUCGAAUUGAGCGGGUGGUGGCGCGAUGAUGCGUUUGUGUGCGAAGACGAUGACGCCGAAGAAGCCGCACGAUGCCAAGUGCGCGUGUGUGGCCUCGGAAAAGGCUCAAAUCAUCGCGCGAUGAUGGAAAUUAUGGCAAAGGAGGCACCGCGAUGGCGCGCCGCCGUCGCGUUUUCGCCCACCGGCUGGAGUUAUACGAAGAAAAUGGACGAAGACGGGUUUAACGUGAACCCCUGGAUAGAAAACGAAGGACGCACGCGCACGUAUGCGAUUCCGUACAGCGAGCAUUCGAGCUACACCGAGUUGCGGGAAUUUAUAAAAUUCUUAAAGCCGAAGAAAAUCACCCCGACGGUGAACGCGAUCACGCCCAAGGAUAGAGAAAAGUUGGUGAACAAACACUUU